GUGGUGUGCAGCAGCCUGGAGCUGGCGCGGGCCCCGCCGCCCGCCGCGCUGCCCAACAGGACCGUCACGCUGAUUCUGAGCAACAAUAAAAUAACAGAGUUGAAGAAUGAUUCCUUUAUUGGAUUAAGCGUUCUUGAAAGAUUGGACCUUAAGAACAAUCUUAUUAGUACUAUAGAUCCAGGAGCUUUUCUGGAGCUUUCAUCUCUUAAAAAACUAGACUUGACUAACAACCGAAUAGGCUGUCUCAAUGGAGAUAUAUUUAGAGGGCUCGUAAACCUUAUUAGAUUAAAUCUUUCAGGAAAUUUAUUUUCUUCAUUAACACAAGGAACAUUUGAUCAUCUUGGGUCACUGAAGUCUUUAGAAUUUCAGACUGAUUACCUUCUGUGUGAUUGUAACCUGUUAUGGAUACAUCAGUGGUUAAAAGAAAGAAAUAUAACUGUACGUGAAACUAAAUGUGCCUAUCCCAAGUCAUUGCAGGCCCAACCUGUAACAGGUGUGAAACCAGAGCUUCUGACGUGUGAAUCACCUCUUGAAUUACCAUCUUUCUACAUGACUCCAUCUCAUCGUCAGGUUGUCUUUGAGGGAGAUAGUCUACCCUUCCAGUGUAUGGCUUCAUAUAUUGAUCAAGACAUGCAGGUGUUGUGGUAUCAGGAUGGGAAGAUAGUUGAAACUGAUGAAUCCCAGGGUAUUUUUGUUGAAAAAAACAUGGUUCAUAACUGCUCAUUAAUAGCAAGCUCUUUGACAAUCUCAAAUAUUCAAGCUGGAUCCACUGGAAACUGGGGUUGUCACGUGCAGACUAGACGGGGGAAUAAUACAAGAGCUGUAGACAUUGUGGUAUUGGAGAGUUCUGCACAGUAUUGCCCUCCAGAGAGGGUUGUCAACAAUAAAGGAGAUUUCAGGUGGCCUAGAACAUUGGCAGGCAUUACUGCAUACCUACUGUGUACUCGCUACUCUGCUGGCAGUGGGAUAUAUCCAGGCAGCUCUCAGGAUGAGAGAAGAGCUUGGCGCAGAUGUGAUAGGGGAGGAUUCUGGGCAGAAGAAGACUAUUCUCGGUGCCAAUAUGCGAAUGAUGUCACUCGAGUGCUAUAUAUGUUUAAUCAGAUGCCGCUCAACCUGACUAAUGCAGUAGCAACAGCAAGACAGUUAUUGGCUUACACUGUUGAAGCAGCAAAUUUUUCUGAUAAGAUGGAUGUUAUUUUUGUGGCUGAAAUGAUAGAAAAAUUUGGAAGAUUUGCUGAAAAGUAUAAAGAGCUUGGUGAUGUGAUGGUGGACAUUGCAAGUAACAUUAUGCUAACUGAUGAACGUGUGUUAUGGAUGGCACAAAAGGAAGCCAAAGCUUGCACUAGAGUUGUACAGUGUUUGCAGAGAAUUGCUAUGUAUCGACUGGCAAAUGGGGCUCAAGUCUACUCAACUUACUCCCCAAAUAUUGCUCUGGAGGCUUAUGUAAUAAAAGCUGCUGGAUUCACUGGAAUGACCUGCACCGUAUUUCAAAAAGUGGCUACAUCAGACCGUACAGGACUACCUGAUUUUGGGAGGAGAGAUCCAGAUGGAAACCUAGAUAAGCAGCUAAGCUUUAAGUGCAAUGUUUCAAAUACGCUGUCAAGCUUGGCACUAAAGAACACUAUUGUAGAGGCGUCUAUCCAACUGCCGCCCUCCCUCUUUGCACAAAAGCAGAAAAGGGAAAUCAGGCCAGCAGAUGAGUUAGUCUACAAGCUUCAACUUAUUGCAUUUCGCAAUGGAAAACUUUUCCCGGCAACAGGAAAUUCAACAAAUCUGGCUGAUGAUGGGAAAAGACGGACAGUUGUGACCCCGGUUAUUCUCACCAAGAUAGAUGGCUUAAACCUAGCCAGUCACCAGAUUCCUAUUAAUGUGACACUGCGACGGAUUGCACAUGGAGCAGAUGCUGUUGCAGCACAAUGGGAUUUUGAUCUGCUAAAUGGACAAGGAGGAUGGAAGUCUGAUGGCUGUCGCAUUAUCUCUUCAGACGAAAAUAUUACUACCAUUCAGUGCUACUCUCUCAGUAACUAUGCGGUUUUGAUGGAUUUGACAGGAGCUGAACUAUAUACCCAGCCAGCUGAUCUUUUACACCCAGUUAUUUAUGCCACUGCCAUGGUUUUACUGAUGUGCCUCUUGAUGAUUAUAGUCAGCUACACAUACCAUCAUGGCGUGAUCAGGAUUAGCCUUAAAAGCUGGCACAUGUUAGUUAACCUGAGCUUUCAUAUUUUCCUGACGUGUGUGAUGUUUAUUGGAGGUAUAACUCAGACCAGAAAUGCCAGCAUUUGCCAAGCAGUUGGGAUAAUUCUUCAUUAUUCUACUCUAGCCACAGUGUUGUGGGUAGGAGUGACAUCUCGUAACAUCUAUAAGCAAGCCACUAAAAAAGCAAAGAGGUGUCAAGACCCUGAUGAGCCACCGCCUCCACCUAGACCAAUGCUCAGAUUCUACCUUAUUGGUGGAGGGAUUCCUAUCAUAGUCUGUGGAAUAACAGCAGCAGCCAACAUCCGGAAUUAUGGCAGCAGGCCAAAUGCUCCAUAUUGUUGGAUGACAUGGGAACCUAGCUUGGGAGCCUUCUAUGGACCAGCUAGUUUCAUCAUUUUCAUAAAUUGUAUGUAUUUUCUCAGUAUAUUUAUACAAUUGAAACGACACCCUGAACGUAAAUAUGAACUUAAAGAGCCAGCUGAGGAACAGCAGCGUUUAGCAACCAAUGAACAUGGGGAACUGACUCCUCAGGAUUCGCUGUCAGUGUCACUGGUUUCCACAUCAGCUUUGGAGAAUGAACACAGUUUUCAAGCUCAGCUUUUGGGAGUGAGCCUCACUUUGCUUUUAUAUGUUGCUCUAUGGAUUUUUGGGGCUUUGUCUGUUUCUUUGUAUUAUCCCGUGAACUUGAUUUUUAGCUGCUUUUUUGGGGCCACAUGUUUAAGUCUUAGUGCCUUUUUGCUGGUGCAUCACUGCAUCAACAGGGAAGAUGUUAGGCAUGCUUGGAUAACAACCUGCUGCCCUGGAAGGAGCACGUACUCCGUGCAAGUUAACGUUCAGCCCUCCAAUUCCAGUGGGACCAGUGGAGAGGCUCCCAAAUGCACCAACAGCAGUGCAGAAUCCUCAUGCACAAACAAGAGUGCAUCAAGCCUAAAACAUUCGUCUCAAGGUUGCAAACUAACUAAUAUACAGGCUGCAGCAGCUCAGUGCCAUCCUAGUUCUCUACCAGUAAGCCCGGGUCCUCAGCUGGAUAAUAGUUUGACUGAACAUUCGGUGGACAAUGAUAUUAAGAUGCAUGUAGCACCAUUAGAGGUACAAUUUCGGACAAAUGGGCACCCGAACCGUCACCAUAAAAACAGAAGUAAGGGCCAUCGUGCAAGCAGGCUUACUGUUUUGAGGGAAUAUGCAUAUGAUGUCCCCACAAGUGUGGAAGGAAGUGUGCAGAAUGGCUUAUCUAAAGGUCGACAAAGCAACAGUGAAGGGCAUUCAAGGAGUCGAAGAGCCUAUUUAGCCUACAGAGAGCGUCAGUAUAACCAGUCCCAACAAGAUAGCAGUGAUGCUUGCAGUACGCUUCCAAAAUGCAGUCGAAAUACUGAAAAAACUGUUGCUACAAACAACAAGAAGGAUAUUUUGAGAAAACCAAUAACAGUUGAACUUGAAAGCCAGCAAAAAUCUUAUGGCUUAAAUUUAGCUGUUCAGAAUGGGCCACUUAAAGGCAUUGGACAGGAUGGACCUUUGCUCACCGCAGACAGUACAGGCAAUAUUAGGACUGGGUUGUGGAAGCAUGAAACUACUGUGUAGCAUUGUACUUGUCAGGAGAAAUUCAUGCGAACUGUGAUUCACACAUUCCUUAAAACUGUUAACACACAAAAAAACUGUUUACAAACAGUGGGUACUUUGCGCACAGGGGACAGAUAUCUGCCAUGUGAAAAAAUGUGUAAGUUUUUGGAAUAUAUCUUUGCUGUUCUCAGAAAGAUAAACUUUUGAUACUCUGAAUUUUUUAAAGGAGCAGGUUCUGCUAUGAGAUGCAGAACAGGACUUUUUUUAACACAUGUACCCUACAUCUGUGUCCACAACACAUUUCAGGUUUGUAUUUAAAUGCGUAAUAAAUAGUAUUUUCCCCAGCAGCAGUAUGUUGCAUUUAUGUAUUUUUAAGGUGAAGAUUACUGGCUGUAGUUGUCUGUUUGGAUAUGCUACUUAAUUUCAUUGUCUGAGAAUUUUGAUAGUCUUUAUUUGCUAAAGAAAAAAAUAGUUUUCUGAAACUGAAAAUACAGAAGUUUCAUACUUAAUGCAACUGGUUGCAUUAAUUUUGACAUUUGAAUGACGUAGAAAAACGACAUUAAAAAAUAAAAGAUUUA